AUGUCGGCCAUCGCCCUGCUCGCUCAGAUGCGCCUCCUCGAACUCUCCAAAGAGCGCCACCAGCUCGCCGUCUUGCGCUGGCCUGGCUUCGGCCACAUCAACUACCCUCUGCCAAUCCCAUGGCGCCCGCUCGCUCAGGCGAGCCCAUUGGGACUGUCUGGCUGCCACGGCGGCGUGAAGGAGAUCUUGGCGGACCUGCCACCACAAGGCUUGGUGGAGAUGGUGAAGGAGAUGAAGCGGGAGGAGUAG